UGCACCGAAUAUGCCAGUUAGUUUUCGCUCUCCGACGUAAUCAUAAGUUUAUUUUGUUUUUAUGUUUACAGUCGCUGCUAAUCUUCAUAGAUUUAUGGAAUUUAUUUUGAAUUCAUAAAUAAUUAUGGCACCAAGAACUAGUAGCUGGCCUGUAUGGAGUGGUAUAUUGAGCACAGACAACAAUAUAAAAUCGGCCGAUGAUUGGAUUGAAGCACGCAGAAAGGAAGAUGGUGCAGAUAAGUUGUGGAGAAUUCACGAUGGGCUGUAUGAUCUUGAACAAUGGAUACAUAAGCACCCUGGAGGACCACAGUGGUUGGAAAUUACAAAAGGUACUGAUAUCACAGAACUAUUCGAGUCGUAUCAUAUAAAUGGCAAAGCUCCAACGGCAGUGAUGCACAAAUUCUAUGUGCGACAAGCAGAGUCACCCAGAAAAUCGCCUUUCACGUUUAAGACAGACGGAUUUUAUAACGUGUUGAAGUCUAGAGUUGCAAAAAAGUUGUCUUACGUGGAUAGCAAAAAUUAUCAUUUAAAAUCUAUGCUGGUUGUCGACACAUAUUACUUGCUUGCCCUGGCUAUGUGCGUUGGUGUGGCUCAGACAGAAAAUUUUUUCUUAGCACUGAUAGCCGGAAUUUUUUUUGCACUCGGAACCGUUGCAAGUCACAACUUCACCCACCUUAAAGACAACUGGAGAAUGUAUUACGUGCAAUUGGUAUUAUUAUCUGUACGCGAAUGGAGAAUAUCGCAUGUUCUCAGUCAUCAUAUAUAUACAAACACUGUACAAGACUUAGAGAUGUCGCUGUUGUAUCCAUUUAUCCAUUGGUUUCCGACUACAGACAAACCAUUUACUGUUCGUUUAUUCCCUUAUCUCACUCCAAUUAUAUACCCUUUUAUUAUUCCUGGACAAUUGGUCAUCAGAACUUUCAAGUGUAAUAAUGACAAAGCUGAUCUUCUUAUGUUUGUUAUACCUGCAAUAUUGAUGUUUUGUGGACAAAUGACCAUUAUUUCUGUAAUUAUCGCGUGGCUUGUCAUAGUUCUAACAAGUAGUUUUAUGUUUACGUUCAUCGGGUUUAGUGCUUCUCAUCAUUUCCCGGACAACUUUCACGAUGGAGACUAUGUCAAUGAUGAAUACAUUGAUUGGGGAAUACAUCAAUUGAAAACCAGCGUAGAGCGAAACGAGCCGAUCAAUAAUAUAUUUAUUACAAUAGCGACAUUUGGCGACCAUACAUUACACCAUUUGUUCCCAGCUUUAGAUCAUAGCUUAAUACCACUAUUAAAAGAGACUUUCGAGGAUACAUGUAAAGAAUUUGGUUUGGACCUAACACCAAAAUCAUGUAUAGCGAUUAUGCACGGACAGUUUAAACAAUUAUCUCGCAUUACUCCUAAUAAUCCGGAGAAUAUUUACAUUGGAACGAAURUUUGAAAAUGAUAUACAAUUUGAUAAUAACAUCUAAAUAUUAUUCAAAGAAAAUUGAAUGCAUAUACAUAAUGUAUGACGUAUUAAGAAAAUGUAAAAAAUAACAUAAAUAAGAUCUGAUACAAAGAGAUACUGCCAUUUAGCGAUAAUAUUGUUAUUAUAGCCUAUUUAUAUCUAACAGUAUUUUGGGCUGAAUAGUUAUUUUAAUAUUUAAAAUCAUUAUUUUUAUAUAUUUUAUACAUGUGAUAUUUUACGAUAUUAUGAUUUUAUCGAUUUAGAUGGUAAUUAAUUUCUAAUUUGGGAAUAUCGUUACUUUUUAUUUCGUGUAAAAAUAAGAAAAAAAUUUACUACUGUCGGUGGCUUUUAUUUUUAAAUUUUUGGAUACCAACUAUUUAGUAUAAAUGUAUUAUAAUAUAUAUUGUGAUAAUUUUUUAAGAUUUUUAAACAAAGUAUUGGUUUUUCAAUGCUACACCGAUGUUACCUACUUGUUAAAAAAUAUACCAACUACUGUUUAUAGAUUAGAGUGUUUAGAUAAACCAUAAGUACCUACCUAGAUGUACGAUUAUUAUAUAAACAUAACAGUUUUUACUGUUGCUCAAAAAUACUUUAACUUAAGURCCUAGUUGUGUAUGUUAAGUUCAUCCUACAAUCUAUAUUUUGUUUUUUUAUAAUUGA